GCGCGGCUCGACCUCGUCGUCAGCUGGCCGGGGCUACUUGCGCUGCUCUGGGCGAGCGCGACCGCGCGCUCGCCCAGAGAGUCGGGCUGGGCACUGCGCGCCAUCGGCCACGAGGCUCGCGACGCGGAGAAGCGCAUGAAAGACCGGUACCGCGAGGUGGUCGUCCCGCUCGCGGUCGAGACUGAGGGCGGGUCCGGGCCUGCCGCGCAGAGACUCGUCGCGGACAUUGCCGCCCAAGCCCAGCGCAUUGCUGUCUUCCCUGGCGAGGACUUCGCGCAGCAGGUAUCCGCGAGGGCCCCCGCCGCCCUCGCGUCGCGCCGGGGCGAGCUGGUGCUGGCGGCUGCGCAGGACGCCGACGCGGGG